AUGCGGCAUGUCUAUGGCGAGAGAGAGGCCCGGCUCCGGGAGGAGUGUGGUUAUAGCCACGAGCAUCUGCAGGCGCUCUGUGGCGGGCUUGCCGAGCGGCCAAUGGACAACCAGUGCUAUCGGCAAGAACGCACGGCGAUUCUGCUGUCGGUGUACCUGGGAUGGCUCGGGAUGGACCAAUGGUGCGCGCGCCAUUGGGCGCUUGCUGUCUUCAAGAUGUUGGCGCCGCUACUACUCUUGGUUUGCGGCGCUGCAUCUAAAGUCUUCGAGCAUUCUUUCCUUCUCCAAGCUUUGCUCGCCGUUCUCAUUGCAGCCAUCCCAUUCUGGUGUAUGGCUAGCUUCAUUAUGUGGACGGUAAGGGGGGUCUACGGCUCGCCUGGUUGCCCUGGUGGUAGCGGAUCGUGGAGAUACUAA